AUGGCGGAGCGCAUCUUGCUGAACGAGUUCAAGGCCCUUUCCAAGGAGAAAUGGGUUAAUAUUGAGUUACACGACGAGGAUAUUUUCCGCUGGGACGUCGCUCUCAUCGUCCUGAAUCCCGAUUCCAUGUACUAUGGAGGUUAUUUCAAGGCCUUGAUGGAAUUCCCAAGAAACUAUCCCUAUUCUCCUCCAGGAUUCCGCUUCUACCGACCGAUUUGGCACCCCAACAUCUACAACAACGGCGAACUCUGCAUCUCUAUCCUCCACGCCCCCGGCGAAGACGAGAUGUCUGGCGAAUCCGCCGCCGAGCGCUGGUCGCCCGCCCAACGAGUCGAGUCCGUCCUAAUCUCCAUCCUGUCCCUCCUCGACGACGCCGAAUGCUCCUCGCCCGCCAACGUCGACGCUGGCGUGCAACUGCGCAACGACAAGGACGCCUACAAAACGCGCGUGCAACAGAACGUCGACGCUUCCAAGAUGGAUAUCCCCGAAGGCUUCGUCAUGCCCACGUUCGAGUCCACUAUGACCGACGCAGCAGCCGCCGAAAAGUCGGCUGCCGCCAAUGCGUACGACUCUGACUUUUGGGCAGAUAGUGGUGACGAUGACGACGAUCCGUUUGGGGGCAGCGACUCGUCUGAUUUUGGCAUGGAUGAUAAUGACGAUGAUAUGGGGGUUGAUGAGAGUGGUGAUGGCACCGACGACGAUACCGGGGUCUGA